CACACACACGCACACACAUCCACACACACACACCAACACACAGUCCAAACCCCCAGAAAAAGCCCUGCUGAAUCCUCACACCGUCUGUCAGCAUGGGGAGCGCUUGUUUUUCCCGGGACGUUUGUUUGUUUAUCCUCCUCAUAAAUACUUGCAGGGUGAUGGGGAAUGUCGGACCCGCAGAUGCAGACGAGUGCGCAGAGGGUUCGGACGACUGCCACAUCGACGCCCUCUGCCAGAACACACCCAAGUCCUAUAACUGUAUAUGCAAACCGGGCUACAAGGGAGAUGGCAAGCAGUGUGAAGACAUGGACGAGUGUGAGAACGACUACAAUGGGGGCUGUGUGCAUGAAUGCAUCAACAUACCUGGCAACUACAGGUGCACCUGCUACGAUGGAUUCAUGCUGGCCCACGACGGACACAACUGCCUGGAUGUGGAUGAGUGUGUGGACAACAACGGUGGAUGCCAGCAAGUUUGUGUCAACACCAUGGGGAGCUACGAGUGUCAGUGCACAGAUGGCUUCUUCCUCAGCGACAACCAGCAUACCUGCAUCCACCGCUCUGACGAUGGGAUGAACUGCAUGAACAAGGACCACGGCUGCGCCCACAUCUGCAGAGAGGCUCCAGGCAAAGGCGGGGUGUCGUGUGAGUGCCGUCCUGGCUUUGAACUGGCCAAAAACCAGAAAGACUGUACAUUGACGUGCAACUAUGGAAAUGGCGGUUGUCAACACACAUGUGAUGACACGGACACAGGGCCGGUGUGUGGCUGCCACCAGAAGUAUGCCCUGCACUCGGACAGCAAGACCUGCAUCGAGAAAGAUGAGGCUGCAAUUGAGAGCUCUGAGUUCAAUGCCACGUCAGUAGCUGAUGUGGACAAGCGGGUGAAACGGCGGCUACUUAUGGAGACCUGCGCUGUCAACAACGGUGGCUGUGAUAGGACAUGUAAAGACACAGCCACAGGGGUGCGCUGUAGCUGCCCCGUGGGAUUCACUCUGCAGCCCGAUGGCAAAACCUGCAAAGACAUCGACGAAUGCCAGGAGAACAACGGAGGCUGCGAUCACUUCUGCCGGAAUACAGUGGGCUCAUUUGAAUGCAGCUGCCAGAAAGGCCACAAACUGCUCACUGAUGAACGCACAUGCCAAGACAUUGACGAAUGCUCCUUUGAGAGAACCUGUGACCACACCUGCAUCAACUACCCCGGCAGCUUCGAGUGCCUGUGCAACAAGGGAUACAUCCUGUACGGCCUCACUCACUGUGGAGACAUCGAUGAGUGCAGCAUCAGCAAUGGGAGCUGUGAGUACGGCUGCAUAAACACCCAAGGAAGCUACGAGUGUGUGUGUCCACCUGGACAGAAACUCCACUGGAACAAGAAAGAUUGCAUCGAGGCGGUGAAGUGUCUGCCCAAUGGGAAGCCGGCGCCCCGAGCCCAACUGACAUGCACCAAGAGCGGAGGGGCAGAGGUCUGCUCGCUCUCCUGCCCCUCCAACGCCCUCUUCCUUGCAGACUCAGAGAACAGCUACACACUGAGCUGUGGGGUGCCCGUCCAGCCUGGUAAAGCUCCCCAGAAGAGGAAUGCCACCACUGCUUUACCCACCUGUGCUGACACACUGGCCCCACCCAUCAAACAGAAGGCCAGGUUUAAGAUCAAAGAUGCCAAGUGUCACCUGAGACCUCGCAACAAAGAGAAGCACAGAGAUUCAUCCAAGCAGAAUCUGCAGGGAGGCCAGUUCCCUUGCACUGACGACUGCCAGGUGACUUUUGUCAACCUCAAGUGCGACUCGUCUAAGAAGCGCAGACGAGGACGCAAAUCUCCUUCCAAAGAGGUUUCCCACAUCACAGCUGAGUUUGAGAUGGAGAUGAAGGAGGAGGAGGCCUCGGACUCGUGUAAUGUGGACUGUGUGCGGGAAAGGAUGAAGCAGAAGCUGCAGAGCGCCAUGCGGACACUCAGGAAGUCCAUCAACAAGCAGCAGUUCUACAUCCAGUUCUCUGGGACCGAGUACGAGGUAGCCCAGAAACCUUCCAAGGUACCAGAGGGAGCUGAGUCCUGCAGCACGGGACAAGUUUUCCGAGAUGGAAAAUGUGUGAGCUGUGGCGUGGGGACAUUCUACAGCGGGGAGCAGGAGCAGUGUGUCCAGUGUCCACCUGGUACGUACCAGGACACGGUGGGUCAGCUGUCCUGCGAGCCAUGUCCCAGCACUGAAGGACAGGGCAUUGCUGGGGCCAAGAACGUGUCUCAGUGUGGAGGUCAGUGUCCAGCGGGUCACUUCUCUGCUGACGGCUUCCGUCCAUGCCAGCCCUGUCCCCUGGGCUCCUACCAGCCAGAACCAGGCCGUGUCCUCUGCUUCCCCUGUGGAGGAGGUCUCAUGACCAAGUAUGAAGGAUCAAUGUCCUUCAGGGACUGUGAGGCCAAAGUACACUGUGCUCCUGGACAUUACUACAACUCUAGCACCCACCGCUGUAUCCGCUGCCCAGCAGGAACCUACCAGUCUGAGUUUGGGCAGAACUACUGCAUCACCUGUCCUGGGAACACCACCACUGACUUUGACGGCGCCACCAAUGUCUCCCACUGCAAAAAUCAGCUGUGUGGAGGUGAGCUUGGAGAAUACACAGGCUACAUUGAGUCUCCUAACUACCCUGGCGAUUACCCAUCCAAUGUGGACUGUGUCUGGACCAUCAACCCACCACACAAGAGGCGGAUUCUCAUUGUGGUACCAGAGAUUUUCCUCCCCAUCGAGGAUGAGUGUGGAGACGUACUGGUCAUGAGGAAGAGUGCCCUCCCCACCUCCAUCACCACCUACGAGACGUGUCAGACCUAUGAGCGGCCCAUCGCUUUCACCUCGCGCUCUCGCAAGCUCUGGAUUCAGUUUAAGUCCAAUGAGGGCAACAGUGGCAAAGGCUUCCAAGUUCCAUAUGUCACCUAUGAUGAGGACUACCAGCAGCUGAUAGAGGACAUAGUGCGAGAUGGCAGGCUCUAUGCCUCCGAGAACCACCAGGAGAUACUGAAGGACAAGAAGCUGAUAAAGGCCCUGUUUGAUGUGUUGGCUCAUCCCCAGAACUACUUCAGGUACACAGCACAGGAGUCCAAAGAGAUGUUCCCUCGCUCCUUCAUCAAGCUGCUGCGCUCCAAAGUCACCAGGUUCCUAAGGCCAUACAAAUAGAUGGGGCCUCUCCACUGUACUGUUAAAGACCCUUGUCAUCCUGCGUCAAUCCAAAUCCAGCAACCUAAAUGUAACCCCCCACCCCCACCCCCCAAUGUCUACUUCUACCCUGCUUGGGUCAAUACAUUGAUGUACCCGUUCUAUGACUAAACAUCUUCAUUUUCUGUAUUUGUCCUCAAUCCUAUUUGUCACAUGAUGCCUUUCCUCAUCUUUGACCCCUUUCAUUAGUAACACAUCAUUAACUUACACCCUUCCCUCCAGUUAGUGCAGCUUUUUGGAUAAGGUUUGACCGAUAUGGGUUUUUGCAGGCCAGCAUUCAUUUUAUGAUUUUUAUAAUGUAGCAGAAGAUGCCUGACAUAUAUGUAUAUAUAUAUAUAUAUAUAUAUAUACAUAUAUUGUGUGUGUGUGUAUAUAUUGUUUCUUUAAAUUUGACCAUUUUAUACCAAACAUGUUCAAGUAUCGAGUUUUUUCUCAGUUUGGUAUGGUAACAUUUAGCAGAACCUUAAGGCUAUGUCAGUGAAGGUGCAAUAUCUGCAAUAUUGGUGGUGAAUGUGUUUAAUUGAAAAUCAAAUUCCAAGUUAAGUACUUUGCAACAAAAUGAAGAGUAGAUAUGAAUGAGUUCAGAAACAUGGUCACACCUUCACAUGCUUUGUCAGAGGUCAGUUUCAGUAACAAGCACAUCAUAUCAUGAAAGGAAGCCUGUACAUUAGGUGUUACAGUGGCUUUUUAUUUUACUUUAACAUUUGUUAUUGACUAGCCUAAAAGUUAACAACGCAAAUCAAGCUGGGUUGGCAGGUUGAUACCACUUGUAUGUGUGUAUGCUAAAUAUGAAGCAACAGCCAUCUUAGCUUAGCAUAAGGACUAGUGACGGUCAAACAGCUAGCCUGGCUCUGUCCAGAGGCAACACAAUCCUUCUACCAGCAACUCUGAAGCUCAUUUAUUAACAGGUUAUUUUUGGUUUGUGUAAUCAGUUGUUGGCCAGGGGCAGUGACCCCCUGCUCCUUUCUCAUCCUUGUAAAAGCAGUUGGUUUUUUGUACCUUCUGACAGAGCAAGACUACUUGUUUCCAUUUGUUUCCUUAAGCUAACCGGCUGCUGGUUAUAGCUUUACAUUUAGUGCGUGGAUAUGAGUGUUAUUGGAAGGAAAGUAAAUAUCCCAAAAUUUCUAUUUCUUUAAAUAUUGUUUAGUAGUAAUGUGUAAAGAAUGAAAACACAUCUGGUGUUAGCAUGUGUUUGGUGAUCUGAUCACAAGUGGACAGCUGAGACAAACCUGUGUCUAUAAUGCAUCUCAUAUUUUUCGGAUGUCAGAAUUUCCGGGUUACCAGUUUAAAAUUUUAAAGGGAAUACCUCCUGAAGUCUAUUAUCUGAUUCGGAAAGUUGGAGAAACCUCAACCCCAACCUCAAAAUUCAGUAUGACUGCUCACAACAGUAGUGAAAGCUGUUGUAAUGCACCGUUUAGCACCUUUGUAUUGUUUGUGUCUCAUUAAAUCAGUCAUACACACAGUACUAUCAAACUUCUAUCUGUGGACAUGUUGCUUUGCUGUUUGUAUGCACAAAAUACCGUGUAAUAUGUUGUUAUCAACUGGUAUUAUGAAAAAUGGCUAACUUGGCCAGAGACUGGUAAUUCUAACAACAUCUUGGUUUUCGAACUUGUCGUAGUGGAACGUGGUCAACUUCAGUGUGACAUCAAUCCCAGCUCCGACCUUCAACUUCCAAGGUAAAUGGAGUAAAUUGAAUGCAGCAUUGUUAAUGCUUACAGCCGCAUUCGCAGUUAUUACAUCCUCACUCUCGCUAGCUGCUUGCUAGCAUGCUUGCAUGUCAUAUUAGCAGUUUUGUCAGUAACGCUGGAGAUAUCGCUGUCAGCAGAAUUCAGCACAUUUCCCUUCAUAGGGCAAAAUGAUGGGUGGUCACGCAACACUUAAUCUAACUUGUAAAAUGGGCAAGUUAUAGAGCGUUAGCGCACUGUCACCAAAAAAAACCCUGCACUGAUGAUGUAUUCCUUGAUGGGGGGGCAUUGGUGAUGACACCACAAAAGUAGGCGCAGAUACUUCCAGUCACCUCUCAGCUCUGUUAAAAUUGUGCUAAAUUUAGUCUAUGUCUAGUAGUUUGUCUUUUAUGCAAGACUUGGUGGUGCUUUCUGUUGUUGGCUUUGGAAGGUGGUGGCGUGUGGCUGUGGGUCACUCAUCAGGAUGAGGAAAUCAACUCAUUAGUCUGUAAACUGUCCUGCUGACUAGAGGUUAAGGUUUUUAAAUGGUAACAUCAAUAAACAUUGAAGAAAGAUAGAGAAGGAAUGGACACCAGCUGAACUAGCAUCAUGCUUCCCUUCCUACAGGCACUUGAAUAAACUGGAUGACUUCCAUGCCUGCUUCAUUUUCCAACUGACUAUCACAAAGUGUAAUAUCCUCUGAUUCACCAAACUUAAGCUAAGUUCUGGACAGCACCAUUCAACCAGAAGGUUUUUUAUGCUGAUCUAACAGAGUAAAGGACUCUGUCAAGAGAGGGAGAGGAGGUGUGUGCUUUGUGGUGCAUAAAGACUGGUCUGAUGGUGUAGUUGUAAUAUGCUGUUGUGCUCUUGCUGUGUAUCACUACUAUAACGUUAAAGAGUUGGCUGUAGAGAGGAGACCCUGCCAGUGUUUGGCUGGAGCAACCAUGCAGAUGUGUCAGUAUGUGUGGACAGUUAAAGGGCCAGUGUGUAAUAUUUGGCAUGGUUUAUUGUCAAAUCUGAAUCUGAAUCUGAAUAUUCUACCCAUUAAUAUGUUUAUAUAAGUGUAUAAUCGCUAUAAAAUAAAAUUCGUUUGGUUUUCGUAGCCUUAUAAUUAUGUUUUUAUAUAUAUAUAUAGCAAGGGCCUUGCUUUAGAGAGGUCGCCAUCUUGCG